GCAGGUGAACCCUGUCAUGGGGAGAGGGGACAAUCUUCGAGCAAGUAUUGUGCACAUUCGGCUCAACUAUCAUUUCUGCCCUGGCUUGCCAAGUAGAUAAAGCACAAGGGUCUGCUUUUAACCGCGGCAGAGCCUGGCUGCACUUGAACUGCUCAGCGGAAACAUAACGUGAACUGCAUUGCCGUUCCCAGUUAAGACAUGCUCUUUACAGAGAACUGCUUGUAAGACUGGCUGUUCACACACUCAUCAGCAGUCCUCAGUCAUGCACCGAUUUUAACAGCCUGACUCCGCGGGAAUUCAACUCCUACGGCUCCCGCCGGGGCAACGAUGCCAUCAUGGCUCGGGGCACCUUUGCCAACAUCCGCUUACUGAACAAAUUUUUGAACAAGCAGGCCCCGCAGACGAUACACCUGCCUUCUGGAGAAGUGCUUGAUGUGUUUGAUGCCGCUGAGCGGUACCAGCAGGCGGGCCUUCCCCUGAUUGUUCUGGCCGGCAAAGAGUACGGCUCCGGCAGCUCCCGGGACUGGGCAGCCAAGGGCCCUUUCCUCCUGGGAAUCAAGGCUGUCCUGGCGGAGAGCUAUGAGCGCAUCCACCGCAGUAACCUGGUCGGAAUGGGAGUGAUCCCCCUCGAGUACCUCCCGGGGGAGACGGCGGACACCCUGGGACUCACGGGGCGGGAACGAUACACCAUCAACAUCCCAGAGAACCUCAAACCACGAAUGAAAGUCCAGGUCAAGUUGGAUACCGGGAAGACCUUCCAGGCGGUCAUGAGGUUUGACACCGACGUGGAGCUCACCUAUUUCCACAACGGAGGCAUCCUCAACUACAUGAUCCGCAAGAUGGCCAAGUAGGCCCCGUCCCCUCGGAGACCUGCCCUGGGAGCUGCCCGGAGCGUGUGCGGAGCCACCGGCCGCCGAGCCCCUGGUGCAGAAGCGAGGCCCCCGCCUCUCUGCGGGGUGCUGCCUUGCAGACGGAGCACAGAGCACUGGCGUGGCGGUGCCCUUCCUCCAGGCGCAGGCAGCAGUUCCUCCAUUCUCUCUUUUCCUUCAUCUUUGUAUCUUUUUCUAGAAUUUGGAGGCUAGCAUGGUGGAAUGUCAGUAGUGCCAGAAAGAACUGAGCGUGUCUUUA